AUGGCAGGAUACGCUGAUGUGGCGGGGUCUGCUGACGUGGCAAACGACGUGGCAAGAACUGAUGUCGUGACGGCUGACUUGGAUGCUCUGACGUGGCUAGGUGUAGUUGCUGGCGGCGCACGCGUGACUGCUGAAGGCGAGGACCACCACGGUCUGUUGAAAAUGGUGGUUGCCGCCGCUGAAAUUGUUGUUUUGUUCUCACAGCUUGUUUUGCUACCAACUUCAAUUAUCAUCUCUGUCACACAGCGGCAAGGGCAUUCUUUUGAAGACACAAUAUCAUAUUAUCAGACCAGAAGGCCACAGAAGAAAAAGGAGAAAAUGGUUCUGCCAAAGGGUCCAUUUUGGGAGUAUGUUAAGGAGACUGGUGAAAGUAGGCAGUGUACGUUUUGUGGGCAUCCAUUCUCCAAGCAAACUCCGAUUACCAGGUUCAAGCUUCAUUGGUCAGGAGUUCAAAGGCGUGGAACUACAAUUUGUGACAAAGUGCCAGAACCUGUUCGAGACGCAGCUUUCACUGCUGUUGAUGGUCCUCCAGAAAAGAAACUUAAAACCACAGCUACGUCAAGCAAUGAUGGGGCACACAAUACAAUUUCAACUUCUUUGCUAGAAAAAAACAUUCAAGUUGGAAAUGUAGUGACCGAUGUAGAAACGGAGCCAGAAUUGUAUUUUCCCUCACUUGGAGACCUGAUCCCUGGUGAACAAGUGGAGCAAGAGUGUGAAAGAAAUGCUCAGGACAACUUACCUUUGUCCGUGGAGGAUUAUAGGAUUGAGGGCAUGAUCAUGGAAUUGAACCAGCUUGUUGUGAGAGGUGGCUCUCCUGAGAGGCUUACAGUUAAUGAAGAUGAGCCUAGAGGAGAUUUGUCCCAACCAACAGAUCCACUGUGUUUUGGCCUUGAAAGGCAUUAUGAUCAACCAUCUUCUUCCUCAGUCAACAAUGAUGUCAUGAUGAUUGAUGUGGAGAAUAUGAUCAGAGAACAUUUGCAGCCUGUUGUGAGAGAUAGCUCUCGUGAAGGUCUUCAACCUAUCGGCGAUGAGAGCGGACGAGAUGUGUUUCUAACUGAAGAACUAAGAGGUGGAGAGUUUGAAAAUAAUAAGAAUGCUAUCUGGUCGUGGGUAAUGAAUGAUGAGGCCUCAUCAAGUAUUGGCAUUUACGGGAUGGGGGGUGUGGGCAAAACAACAUUGCUCACACAUAUCUACAAUCAGCUUCUACAAGAACGUGGCACUUUUCCUCAUGUUCACUGGAUCACGGUAUCGCAGGAUUUUAGUGUUUAUAAAUUGCAGAAUCUUAUUGCAAGACGCAUUGAUUUAGAUCUCUCAAAAGAAGACUGCGAGAGGACAAGGGCUGCAAAACUGUCAAAAGCAUUAAUUGAGAAACAACGGUGGGUUCUCAUUUUAGAUGAUUUGUGGAACUGUUUUGAUUUUGAUGAGGUGGGUAUUCCUAUCAAAGUGAAGGGAUGCAAACUAAUUCUUACAACUCGAUCAUUUGAAGUUUGUAAGCGGAUGGUCUGCCAGGAGAAAAUCAAAGUGGAGCCUCUUUCAAUGGAAGAAGCUUGGGCUCUGUUCAUGAAGAUACUUGGAUGUAUUCCUCCAGAAGUGGAAGAAAUUGCAAAAUCUAUGGCAAGUGAAUGUGCUGGUUUGCCUCUAGGAAUUAAAACAAUGGCCGGAACCAUGAGGGGAGUGGAUGAUAUAUGUGAGUGGAGGAAUGCUUUAGAGGAACUGAAACAAUCAAGAGUUUGGCUGGAGGACAUGGAUGAGAAGGUAUUCCAAAUAUUAAGAUUUAGUUAUAUGCACUUAAAGGAGUCAGCACUGCAACAAUGUUUCUUGCACUGUGCAUUAUUCCCGGAAGACUUUCAGAUCCCUAGAGAGGAUUUGAUAGCUUAUUUGAUUGAUGAGGGAGUGAUAAAAGGGCUGACGAGGAGGGAGGCAGAAUUUGACAAAGGCCACACGAUGCUUAAUAAACUUGAAAGUGCCUGCCUUUUGGAAGAUGCUAAAUUGUACAGUGGUCGUAGAUGUGUUCGUGCUGUCAAGAUGCAUGACUUGAUUAGGGACAUGGCCAUCCAAAUACUACAAGAGAACUCUCAAGGCAUGGUCAAAGCAGGUGCACAGUUAAGAGAAUUGCCGGGUGCAGAGGAGUGGACAGAGAAUCUUACUAGAGUUUCACUAAUGCAAAACCAAAUUAAAGAAAUUCCUUUCAGCCAUUCACCGAGGUGUCCCAGUCUUUCAACUCUAUUGCUAUGCAGGAACCCAAAGUUGCAAUUUAUUGCAGAUUCAUUUUUUGAGCAGUUGCAUGGGCUCAAGGUUCUUGAUCUGUCUUAUACAGGUAUCACAAAACUACCUGAUUCUGUCUCUGAAUUGGUGAGUCUCACUGCAUUACUGCUCAUUGAUUGUAAGAUGUUAAGGCAUGUACCGUCAUUAGAAAAGCUCAGGGCACUGAAGAGGUUAGAUCUCUCUGGUACUUGGGCACUUGAAAAGAUGCCUCAAGGCAUGGAAUGUCUAUGCAACCUGAGGUAUCUUAGAAUGAAUGGAUGUGGUGAAAAGGAGUUUCCUAGUGGGUUGUUACCUAAGCUCUCUCACCUGCAAGUCUUUGUAUUGGAGGAUUGGAUUCCUUUUGGUACCAAAGAUAAUAGAAGAGAACAACCUGUUCUGAUAACAGUUAAUGGUAAGGAAGUGGGAUGCUUGAGGAAGUUGGAAAGUUUGGAAUGCCAUUUUGAAGGUUACUCAGACUACGUGGAGUAUCUCAACUCUCGGGAUGAAACCAAAUCACUAAGCAGAUACAAAAUUCGCGUAGGACUACUACUGUAUACGUCUUCUUAUGGUUGUUAUAAUGGAUGCAGAAGGAAAACAAUUGUUUGGGGUAACUUGAGUAUCGACAGAGAUGGAGAUUUUCAGGUCAUGUUCCCAAAGGACAUUCAACAACUGACCAUUCAUAAUAAUGAUGAUGCAACAAGUUUAUGCGAUUUUUGGUCUCUAAUAAAGAAUGCAACUGAACUGGAGGCUAUCAAGAUUAGUGAUUGCAGUAGCAUGGAGAGCUUGUUUUCAUCUUCUUGGUUCUGCUCUGCUCCACCACUGGAGAGCCUGGUUUCAUCUUCUUGGUUCUGCUCUGCUCCACCACCAUCUCCAUCUUAUAGUGGAAUAUUUUUUGGUCUUAAAGAGUUUAGUUGUUAUGAAUGUAAGAGCAUGAAGAAGUUGUUCCCUCUUGUCUUGCUGCCAAGCCUCGUAAACCUGGAACGCAUUAUAGUUGGUAUCUGUGAGAAAAUGGAGGAGAUAAUAAGUGGAACAAGAUCAGAUGAAGAAGGGGUUAUGGGUGAAGAAAGCAGCACCGAUCUCAAACUCCCCAAGUUAAGAUCUCUGCAAUUGACGGGAUUACCAGAACUGAAAAGCAUUUGCAGUGCAAAACUGAUUUGCGAUUCUCUCGAAUACAUUCAAGUAAGGAAUUGUGAGAAGCUGAGGACGAUGGGAAUUUGUCUUCCGUUGCUUGAUAAUGGCGAGCCAUCUCCUCCCCCUUCUCUCAGAGAAAUCGAUGCAACGCGAAAAUGGUGGGAGUCAGUAGUGGAGUGGGAGCAUCCUAACGCGAAGGAUGUCCUUCGUCCCUUUGUAAGUUUUGAGGCUACGGAGCUACUUCGGAAAUUGGCUCAGGCUCAGGCUCUGCAGGCUCAGUUGAAGAAGAAGAUUAAUAAAGUAUCGAAUUAAUUUUGCUGCUGCUACUUCCGUUUCGAGGAUCAAAUGGCAUUUGUCUCAAGUCAGGGGGCGUGGUGUUACAAUUUGUAGUAAAGUGCCUGAAGACGUUCAAGAAGCAGCUUUACAAGUCCUUUUUUAUAUGAAGCUGUGUGUGUAGGUUAGCAAAAUUACUACCAAAUCCUUUUUUAUAUGAAGGUUGUUGGUGUUUUUAGAAGGGUGAAAUAAUUAUUUUAUUGUUAUAAUCUACAAUAAAUUGUGUCUUUGUAUACAUUAUGAGCUUUUUUUUUUUUUUUUUUUUUGUAAUUCUGUUAAUUGUGUCUUGGUGUACUUUAGGCUCAAAAUUAGGUGUGAAUCAAAUGAAUCAUCAUAUUUUGAAAGUCA